GACUGCGGACAUAGUACAGGAGAUGACCAGAGACUGCGGACAUAGUACAGGAGAUGACCAGAGACUGCGGACAAAGUACAGGGGAUGACCAAGAGACUGCGGACAUAGUACAGGGGAUGACCAGAGACUGCGGACAUAGUACAGGAGAUGACCAGAGACUGUGGACACAGUACAGGGGAUGACCAGAGACUGCGGACACAGUGCAGGAGAUGACCAGAGACUGCGGACAUAGUACAGGGGAUGACCAAGAGACUGCGGACACAGUACAGGAGAUGACCAGAGGCUGCGGACACAGUGCAGGAGAUGACCAGAGACUGCGGACACAGUGCAGGAGAAGACCAGAGACUGCGGACACAGUGCAGGAGAUGACCAGAGACUGCGGACACAGUGCAGGGGAUGACCAGAGACUGCGGACAGUACAGGGAAUGAACAGAGACUGCGGACAACAGUGCAGGGGAUGACCAGAGACUGCAGACAGUGCAGGGAAUGACCA